GGCUUGGCCUAUACGGGAGGCAACGGAAUAAACCGUUGGCUCUCCCCUUUGGGAUUGACCUUCCAGAUCCCGAGGGGUUUGAGGGUCGUUUCCUCGGCCCGAUACAUCUUCUGUUGCAUGCCUCCCCUUUGGGGGAUGGCGCGGAAAGCGCCUCGGUUUUGAAAGUCGUCCCCUCAGUCCGAGACAUUGUCUGUUGUCUGCUUCCUCUUGGGGGAUAGCGCGGGGAGCGUUUCGUUUCUGAAAGUCGAAUCCUGGGCCCGGGAGAUGGUCUGUUGCCUACCUCCCCUUGGGGGAUGGCGUGGAAAGCAUUUCAGGGAAGGGUUUUAUUUGUGUAUGAGACACAAAUGGCCGGGGGUAAUUGGUACCUGCCGAAGCCGAAGGGUACUUUCCCUUCGUUUUUUAUGUAUGUGUGAUGGAUGAAUAUGCAUGAAACAAUGUAUGCAUGAGUGUGUCCUCAAGGGGAACGACUUAUUCAAAAACACUUGGUGUUUUGAGAGUGGCGGGUGUAUUCCGCGCACUUUGUACUUGGUACCUUGAUUAAUGAUAUUACAUCUUACUCAUCCUCAUGAGAGGAGGGGGGCUUUGGGCCGUUGAUCACCUAUAUCGCUAAGUGAUGAGGUCUUAGCCUCUCAUAUGCAUUCUGUACUUGGUACUUUGCGUUUGAACUGGUAUUUAUUCUCGUGAGCAAGAAGGGGCCUUGGGCCGUUGAUUGAAUACAUUUGUGAGUCAUGAGGGCUUGUCCACUCAUGUGUUAUUGAUAGAAUUUGACUAGGUGGUGCACAUUCCAAUGCCUGAGGACUUCGGUCCCAUUGGGGCGUGUCAGCUUGUAUGUUCCAGGUUUGAUGAUGGCGGUGACGAUAUAUGACCCUUCAAACUUUGGUGCCAUUUUUCCUCCUUCGGUGGGCUGGCUAGCCUCCCUCCUUCGGAGGACGUAGUCCCCCACAUGAAAUUCUCAGGAGCGGACCUUGGCAUCGAUAUAGCCCUUGACUUGUCGUCGGUAGUUUUCAGUCGUGACGAAGGCUUGCUUUUGGUGUUCUGAGAUGAGAUGAAGGUCGAGGGACAUGUUGGCGUCAUUGAUCUCAGGGUCGUAUUGAUCCACCCUUCGGGUAGGUAGAGUUACCUCAAUAGGAGCCUUGGCUUCAAACCCAUAGCAUAGGGAGAAGAGUGUUACGCCCGUUGCCCACCGAGGGAUGGUGCGGUAGGCCCAUAGAAUGUUGUGAAGUUCUUCUACCCAGCCUCCUCCUUGGGCUUCCAGCUUCUUUUUUAAACCCUUCAGCAAAGUUCGGUUGGCGUUCUCCACUUGUCCGUUGCCCUGAGGGUAGUGUCACGACCCUCCUGAAUGCCGCAACAUACAGAGUAAUAUGCCGCGGCAUGGCACAUAAGUAGGCCGCGGCAUAAUCCGAGCAGAGUACCAGCUGGAGUCUUGAGAUGCCUAAGAGAGAGGGGCAGAGUCCUGGAGGCUAAAACAAUAUUCUAGACUCAUGUAGAUAAGUGUACACUUGUAUAGAAUAGAGUACAAUACUCUAGAAUAUCAUAGAGUUGUAUAGACACUACUACAAGAAUGAUAUACCACGUCACACAUUUAACGUCGGUUAUUAAAGAACCGUCGUAAUAGGAGAAGCAAGAACGUUUUAACGACGGUUUUGGUUAAAACUGACGUUUUAGGGAUUACGUUCAAUGUUUGAAAUUUCUUUGGCAAGUUGAAAUUAUUGGCCGGUGCUUAGUUUGCCUUUUCUUAGUAUGUUAAUUUUUCUUUGUAGAUAUUUUGAUUCCUUUUAGGUAACUUCUUUUGAUUUGGUCUGUGGUACGAAUUUUAGAAAGUAGAAUUUGAAAUAUUCAUAUUCUAAUCUUUUUAGUUCUACUGAUUUUCCACACUUUUUAAUUUCUAUUUUAUUUACCUAUGAAUAUGUGAUAAAUGUAUUCUUUGCAUUUUGAACUUUUUGUGGAUGAUACUUUUAGUAGCUACAAAUCUGUUAAUGAGUUUUUUAGUGGUAAAGUAAAACUGGUGGUGAAACACCCAAGUAGGGGCUUUUGUAAAGUAGCUUUUCAUUUUUUUCAAAAUGGUAGGUUUUCAUAAGAAACAAAGUCAAGCACUAUUUUAUAAAACUCUUCUCUUAAAUAAGAUAUACAAAACUCAUAGCUACGGGUUCUUUCGUUCUUACACGCAAUUGACUUAUGAACAUGAAUGGUUUUGUUUAAAAUUCUGAAUCGUGGCUUUGUUAAUGAUAUCAAUGGCUCCAUUUCAACUGGUAAAGAGCUAUUUCAACUGGUAAAGAGCUAGUUGUGUUAGGUUACAUACACACUUUAAUGGUCAAGGAAACAAUCCAGUUUAAGACCCCUAGUUAAUCUCUCAUCCCUCCAAGUCUACUAGUACUUUGAUCCACACUUCAGGACCCCAUAGUUAAUCUUUGUAUUUGUAUGUUUGCACAGUUCCCCCAAGGAGCAUGUGUGGGUGUGAGGGGUAAGAAUCUAUGCUUUAGAAACUGAAGUAUAAACCCUUUCUCUUGUUUUAGGAUGCUUUCUUGAUUUCAUUUUUCCUUGAUGUUUGAUAUUGAUGUUUUGUUUCUGGCCUCUUAUCUUAAUAACUAAUUGAUGUUUCUGGAGUUACCUGUUCACAAAUCACAACCUACUAGCUGCGAGCUGUUAGUUAUAGGCCAGCAGAUGCUGGUUGGUAUAGUUGUACUACUGUUAGUUCACAAGGGCUAUUUCUUUUAAUCAGAGUUAGAUCUUUAUAUUUCCUUCUGUGAUUCAUACACUAAAAGCUCUUAUGCAACUGUAGGCUUAAGGCAACUAGAAUAAGGUGGCCUAACUCCCAUUGCUCUGAGGUUGCAUGUGCUGGUUAUGGAAUCGUAGGUACAAUGUGUAAUAUAUGCAAUUAAAAAAUGCUCAGGUCUUUCAAUAAAUCAAUGUUGUAAAAGUAAAGUGAAUAAGAAACAGUAUCCAAGGACGAGGGCAAAUGGUCUCUUCGUCAUAUAGGAGAGUUUAUUUAAAAAAGAUCUGGCAAUUGAUAACAAAUUUACUCUGUAGUGACAUGUGAAUAUAAUAAUGGAUAAUACCAAGUUACAGAUUAAUUGAAGCUUUGCUGACUUCUUGUUUGUGUAUGGAUCUAAGUCUGAAUUCUCUCUACAAAACUGCAUUCGAUGAGAUAGCUGUUAUUGUAUCAUAUUUUUGGUGACUCCAGGAAAGAAAAAAUCGAAACCACAAGGUUAAAAUAACUAAACAAACUACCAAUGAAACUGAAAAAAGAUGCAAAAGGUUAGUCAUCUUUCUAAGCAUAGAAAGAUUGAAAGAGACGAUGACUGGGAUGACCAAAAUGCUUUUGCAGCUGAAAUGGCCCAUUCUAAAAAGAAUCUGUCAAGCAAGCCCUAAUUCUUUGCUUAAAUUUAUAUAUUAGAACUAUAAUAAAUCUCCUGAAUUUAAUUUUCUGUGUUUUUGGUUGUGCCUGUUUUCCUAAUUUUAUUGCCAAGUCAUCCAAUAAACUCUCAUCUCGCUCCAUUCGUUGUGUUUUUCUUGGUUUUGCCCCAGGUUAUAAGGAUUAUUGAUGCUUAGAUCCUUUAACAUGUAGGAUUUAUGUCAGAAGGGAUGUUCAAUUUUUUGAAAAUGAUUUUCCUUACUCCCACAUUCUGUCCUCUGCCACACCAUCCGCUGCCCUCCCUCCAACUCUCCUGUCUUCCUGAUCAUUACCAUCCAUGCAGACACCUAACAAACUACCCACGCCCUCCCCACAAAUGCACACACAACGACUGCCAAUUUUCCCACCUUCCAGCCAUCAUCAUAGUCAACCGCAACCCCAACUUUCCCCAGUCACGCCAAUCACUCCACGCAGCCCUUUGUACUCAUGUUUAUCCGAGUCUAGCACAGCUCCUGCAGUCACAGCCCCUCUCCGCUUACCAGUCCAGUCCCUUACUCACAUCCAGAUCAUGCGGCCAACCCUCCAAUUUGCAGUCAUAGGAUUGAAUCUGCCUAAGAGGGAGAACAUAUGCAGUUAACAAGCUUAUGACAUGAGUAUUUGCGAGGAAUAAAAAUACGCACCUGCACUGAAUUGAAGAUAGCGCUAAAUGCUUUACAAGUUUUGACAUCAAAGAAGUUGUUGUUCAAGGUGGCCAGCCUAACAACCUUUUAUUUAUAGUGAUGCAAACACCUACUUAUUAUAAGUUGUUCUAAGAAUCUAGAAUGGUAGAAUUUGAAGAUUUGUAUUGAGAGAACAUUUGGUAAUAUAUCAUGCAGUAAUAUUCAGUUUCUAAUUUUUAUGAGGUUAUUAAUAUUGUUUUGAUGAGGUUUGUGUCAUGGCCUUUUCAAGUUUACGUUGUUAUGUCAUUGCCUUUUCAAGUUUACAUUGUAUUAAUUCAUUGGAGAAUUCUGUUA